AUGUCACUAUUGGAAAAACUACAUAGGCGAGCUGCCAAUUCAGGUCUAAUAACAAAAGCCAUAACAUCAUUACCAAAACUAUCAAAGCUCUUCACAAUCGUUGGUAUAUUAUGGCUAUGUGUUUAUUUACCAGCGGAAGGUAAUUUUAGAAACACCUAUUUUAGUGAAAAUGCACUAAUGCCAAACCAAGCUUAUAGUUAUUUUAGAGAAACCGAAUGGAACAUAGUAAGAGGAUAUAGAUCUGAAAUUACUAAAAUAAUUAAUGAUACAGAUAUAAGAAACACUGUUGUAUCUGACUGGUUAAACGAUAUAGUUGGUGUUAAAACUGCAAUUCAUCACAAUUCCCGUUAUGGUGAUACAUUGUAUGGUAUAUUAAACGCUCAACGAGGUGAUGGUACUGAAGCAAUGGUUUUAGCUGCUCCCUGGCAAAAUUCGGAGGGAGAUUUAAACACAAGUGGUGUUUCGGUAGCAAUUGCUCUUUUAAGGUUUUUUUCAAGGUGGCCCGUUUGGUCCAAGAAUAUCAUCUUAGUAUUAAGUGAUAAUAGUAAUGUUGCGUUGAGAAAUUGGGUGGAAGCUUAUCACACUUCGUUGGAUCUAACUGGUGGCUCAAUUGAAGCCAGCAUUGUGUUAGAUUAUCCAGGUACUAGUGAUUAUAUAGAUUUCAUAGAGCUUUAUUAUACUGGGCUAAAUGGAGAUUUACCUAACUUAGAUUUAGUUAAUGUUGCAGUUUCCGUUAUUGAACACGAAGGUUUAAAAGUAUCAUUGAACGGUAUCAAGAAUUUCCAAGCAAGAGAUUUCCAAGCAAGAUUGGAAACCUUGUUAUUAGGCGUCGAGAAGAUGGCCUUGGCGGGGGUAGGAGAACCAAUAAUGGGGCAUGAAUGUUUUAGUGGUUGGAGAAUACAAUCAGUAACUGUAAAAGCUAAAGGUGAUAAGGGGCCAGCGGACGUUACCACAUUUGGUAGAAUUGUUGAAGCCUCGUUCAGAUCUGUUAAUAACUUGCUAGAAAAAUUUCAUCAAUCCUUUUUCUUCUAUAUAUUAUUGGCACCUAAAUGGUUUAUCUCGAUUGCUAGUUACUUACCAGCUGCCAUAUUCAUUUCAAUUUCGUAUGCAUUAGCAUCGUUGAAUGCGAUUGUGAAUAAUGAAUUCUCGUCGCUACCAAUGUCCUCGACCCAUAACAUCCAAGCUUUGUUAUUAUUGGGAUGUUGUUUGAUUUUUACAUUUGUUCUAAGUAGGGGAUUUUCUCUGGUUAUAUGUAAUAGAGGUAAUGAACAUACAUAUAAUGUUUUGAUGACAUCUGUAUUACUAGGUUCUCAGUUAUUUUUGUCAAAUUUAAAGAGUCUAACCAAAUUGAUAAUUAAGCCUGAAUUGGGUUAUAGAUUAAAAUGUUUUGCGUAUCUAUUUUUUAGUGUUGUAUUGACUUCCUUAUUGGUUUUGAAUUUUUCGUUAUCCUAUGUUAUUAGUAUUUUAGCAUUUCCCAUGACUUUAUUAGUUAGUUCAAAUUCGAUUUUAAAAAAUAAAGUAUUUUUGAUUAUAUCCAAUCCAUUUAUCUCUACUUUUAUUGCUACCAGUUUAAUAAAAAAUACAUUGCAAUGGAAUAUUUUCUGUCAAUUAGUAGAAGCAUGGAAAGAUCUAGGUUGUUUUACUUGGUUUGUUAUUUGUAUUGGUUGGUAUACACCAUGGUUAAUGGUUGCGCUUUCUGAUUGUAAUGAAACACUUAAUAAGAUAGAACAUAAAAGCAAUAUUAAUAAACAAGAGUAA